ACCCUUGAUCUCCCUUCUCAACGCCUCCGACUUUAGAAUCGACCUUACCAACAGCAGAGGUUCCGAACAGCAGAUCAACAUCUCCCUUGUGCUGCCAACCACACCAGCAAUUCUGCGAACCUCCCUCGACCACAACGAUCAUGGAGUUUGGCAACUCUGGAAACCUGAGCGAAGAUGGCAUUCAUGUCGAUAUGGAGAGGCUGAAGAAGGGCGAGGUCAAUCUGGGCACCUCGAUCAUGGCAGUCACCUUCAAGGAUGGUGUCAUACUAGGCGCCGACUCCAGAACAACCACCGGCGCAUACAUCGCUAAUCGAGUGACCGACAAGCUCACCCGUGUCCACGAUACCAUCUGGUGCUGCCGGUCCGGCUCCGCCGCUGACACGCAAGCCGUUGCCGAUAUCGUUCAGUACCAGCUAGGCAUGUUUCACAUGAUGAAUGGAAAGCCCCCUACCACACAGACCGCUGCCUCCAUCUUUCAGGAGUUGUGUUACGCAAACAAGGACAUGUUGACCGCUGGCCUCAUCAUCGCAGGCUGGGACGAGCGUCAUGGUGGCCAGGUCUACAGCAUUCCCCUCGGUGGCUCACUGCACAAGGGGUCUUACGCUAUCGGUGGAUCGGGUUCGACAUAUAUCUACGGUUACUGCGACGCACACUGGAAGGAGGGCAUGGAGGAGGCGGAAGCUGUUGACUUCGUCAAAGGUGCCUUGAAGGAGGCCAUCCGGUGGGACGGCUCGUCGGGCGGUGUCAUUCGCAUGGUCGUGUUGACGGGCAAAGGUGCGGAUCGGCAUCUGUACCUGCCAGACUCGGAGUAUAAGGUGCGGCACCAGUAG